AUGGCAAACGGCUGGAGCUUGGUCAUUGGCCUGAUUAUUAUCAUCGCCUUCUCGACAGCAGCAUGGUUCCUAAGCCCGAAGGGCGAUAACCAGACCCUCUUCCGCAGCACGCUCAUCCUUACCUUCAUUUCCUGUUACUUGAUGUGGGCAAUCGUCUUCCUCGCACAGUGGCACCCCCUCAUUGCACCAAAGCGGUCAGACAUUCGACCCGAUCGUGUACCGCAAUAG